AUACAUAAGUAUCUAUCAAUAAGUUCUUUAGUCAAUGUGCUAAUCCACUAGCACAAUAGUUUUUAUUCUAUUCCUAUAGUCCAAAGACUAAUUUUUAAAGUAGUCUCUAGAUCAAGGAUGCCCAAGCCCUAUGGGCUUGAUACUCUUUUUGUUUUUGUAAAUGCCCUUAGCUAUGGUACAAAAAAGUACAAUUGUACCAACCCUGAUGAGAAUUAUAUGUUCUUAGGUACUAAAUAUUACACAAAUGGCAUCACUUAUUUAAGUCUCAUAAAUGUAGUAUAACAGAAACGCGACGUAACCUUGUGUAAAUAUAAAAAAUAAAUACAUACGUGCAUAGACGUAUGGUGACGUGCCGUAACAACAAAAAUAAAUUAUUGAUUGUUAAGGAAAAACUAAAUAGACAUAAAUAAUCGUAAAUUAACGUAGAGGUUUUUACUAUUUCGUAACAUAUAUCAAAGUUUAAAAAAAAACUUUUGAAUAGAACAUAAAAUAAUAUUAGCUCACGAUGGACGACGAAAAAUUAAUUUUUCUUGUUCAAGAGAAAAAUGAAAUAUGGAACAAGUACAAUCCACUAUACAAAUCAAUUGACAGAAAAAAGGAAGCUUGGAUCGAAAUAGCUCAUGAAAUGGAGUCAACAGAAGAGGAAACAAUAAGAAGAUGGACAAGUCUAAGGGAUCGGUUCACACGAGAGAUAAAGAAAAGAGAACUGUCAUCCGAAUCUGAUACGAAUAUACAUGUCUGGCCCUACUUUGAGAUGAUGGAAUUUUUAAGGCCUCAUAUAGCAUCAAGACCACUACGAGGCAGAGGACAAAGUAUUCGAAUGUCAUCUUUUUUUAAAAAGCGUUCACCUCCACCUUCGCCAACUCAGCCUUUAUCAACUGUGUCAAAAUCUGUAUCUCCAACUGCUUCACCAGUUAACUGUGAAGAGUUUACUCAAAUAUUUGAUGACCCAUUGAUUGAACCACCAUUGCUGCGUAAAAAGUUAAAAAAGUCUAAUUCUGAUGCUGAUAAAAGUUUUUGUGAAGCUGUGGAAACUUUAAAAAAAGCCUGUGAACUUAAUGAAGCUAGACAUGCAAAUCCUGCUGUUCAUGCAUUUGGGGAAAUGAUUGUAUCUACAAUAUGCAGCAUGAAUAGCCGGAAUCAAAUAAAGGCUAUGCAGCAAGUAACAGACAUGGUGAUGAGAAUAAAACUGGAAGAAGAUGAAUUAUUAGAACAUGUUACAUAUUCUACGCUUUAAAAUGCACUUGUGGACAAUGAAUUAAGUUAUUCUAUCACUUCUGAUUUUUCAUUUUAAAAAAUCAAUACGGAUAAAAUAAUUAACUCAAUAAACUUAUACUUAUUUAUAAUGUAGUCAAUGCUUGGAAAGAAUGAAUUCUAUUCGGAAUUAAUUUCCUUAUAUUUUUAAAUGGGUUUUAAAUGUUUUAAUGUAUCAUUCUUUAAAAUCAUUAAUUGAAUUUAAAUUCUAAAGAUUUAUAUUCCAUUGAAUUAAUUCCUAAGAGAAUUCAUUCUUUAAAGGAAUGAAUUCAAUUGAAUGAUAAUUCUUAUAUGUUUAACUAGCAUACCCUGGGUGCUUCGCUACCCUAACAUAAAUAAAAUACAUACAAAUUUUUUUACUUUUAUAGAAAAUUAAAAUUGAUCAAAAUUUUUU